GAUUUUUUCCCCCAGGCUGGGGUCAGAAACUUUUGUUUGCAUUUCACUAAAUCCACUUCAAAACGACAAAAAUCAGUACUCUUCUACCUGCGUUUUGCUUUUCUUCUUCUUCUUCUUCUUCUUCUUCCCUGUCCAAACCUCACUACUACCAACACAUACAGACUGGAUGGAGCCUCGGCGACUCUUCAGAGAAUAAGAAAGUGGAACAGAAAAAAAAAAUCUAUUAUUGUGAGCUUCCAUUUCCAAUCCAUGGCAGUUUCUUUGCUUUUCACAGUACAAAUGUACCGCUGACACGCUCCGCCCAACUCCUUGUUAUAAAGCCUCUUGUGGGUCAGUCCAGCAUUCAAGUCUUUUGAAGCUUAACUCCAAGAUCUUUCAUUUUCUUUUUCUUUCAUAAUUUACUGCCUUGAAGGGUGUUUAAAUUAUGCAGACUCCAAAAUCAAGAAGUAGCACUUCAGAAGUGCCUCAAAAGGUGUCUCCUCGAAUUGUUCGUCAACUCAAGCCAACUAGACUAGAGCUUGAAUCUUCAGCUUCUUCAAAUUCAGCUAGCAGAACACCGAAAGAUAGAAGCCCAAAAGUUGUCGAGCGCCGGUCUCCCAGAAGCCCAGUUACUGAGAAAAAGCGUCCUAGCAGGAUUUCGGAAUUGGAAUCUCAGAUUUCUUUGCUCAAGGAGGAGCUUAAGAAGACAAAAGAUCAGCUUUGUGCAUCCGAAUCAUGCAAGAAGCAGGCCGAGCAAGAUGUCGAGGAUACCAAGAAGCAACUAUCAGCCAUGGCUUUGAAGCUAGAAGAGUCACAAAAGCAGCUGUUGGAGCUGACUGCUUCUGAGGAAGUCCAUGCUCUCGAGCUUCAAAAGAUCUCACAAGAAAGUGAGCAGGCAUGGCAGUCUGAGCUUAAGUCUGUCCAGAAUCACCACUCUGUUGAUGCAGCUGCAUUGACCUCUGCCAUGACUGAGAUUCAGCAGCUCAAAGUUCAGCUCGAAAUGGUUGCUGAAUCAGAGGCUCUGCAGAACAAGCAAACAGAAUCUGCAAACGUGGAGCUCAAAAUCUUGAAAGGGAACUUAGUGGAAACUCUUUCUCUUGUAGAGAACAUGAAAACCCAGCUGAGGGAAAGCAAAGAAUCCGAGGUGCAGGUGCAAGAAUUGGCUAGUGAAACACUGCUGCAACUGGAGACUGCAAAAAGGUCAGUAGAGGCUCUUAGAUCAGAUGGGUUGAAAGCAAUUGAAGCUUACAACUCCAUUGCUACAGAAUUAGAGCAAUCUCGGACGCGAGUUGGAUUGCUCGAAGAACUUGUCAAUAAACUUGAGGCAGACCCUGUUCAUACUAACCAAAAAAAUUUUCAAGAAUCUACUGGUGAUCAAGAAAUGUUGCAGGAAAAUGGAAACAAUAGUAAGUCCAGUGAACAGGAUCACCUUGAAGAAGAGCUUAAUUCGUUGAAAGCUGAGGUGGGUCGUCUACGGUUUGCUCUCGAAGCUGUUGAGAUGAAGUUGCAGGAAGAGCAAAUCCAGAGUACAGUAGAGAUAAGGAGUGCUUAUGAACUUGUUGAGCAGAUAAAAUCCGGGUCCAGUCAGAGUGUGGCAGAGCUUGAAACGGAAUUGAAGAAUGCAAAAUCUGCCAUAGAAGAGUUAAAGGCAAACUUGAUGGACAAGGAGACUGAAUUACAAGGCAUUUCAGAAGAGAAUGAAAGUCUUCAAAUGAAGCUUGAGAAGAACCUGGCAUGUCAACGAGAAGUCCUGCUUGAAAACGAGUUGAAGAAAUUAAGGGAAGCUGUUGUUGAUUUGAAGGCAAACUUGAUGGAUAAGGAGACAGAGUUUCAGAAUAUAUCCGAGGAGAAUGAAAUUCUGAAAUUGGAAAUCAGUAAAAGGGAGAUGGACAAUGGGAGUGUGAAACAUGAGGUGGUUUCGCAAGUGGAGAUGGCAAAGACUGCUGAACGAGAAGCUCUCUUGAAACUCGGGCUUGCUAUGGAAGAGGCUGAGAAGAGUAACAGGAAGAUGGCCAGGGUUACCGAGCAGCUAGAGGCUGCACAGGCUGCAAAUUCGGAAAUGGAGGCCGAGUUGAGAAGGCUUAAGGUGCAAUCCGAUCAGUGGAGGAAAGCAGCUGAGGCAGCUGCUGCCAUGAUUCCAUCUGGGAAUAAUGGGAAGUUUAUGGAGAGAACUGGAUCGCUGGAUAGCAACAAUUAUACUCCCGUUACAGGGAAGAUAAUCUCACCUUACUCUGAAGACAUGGAUGACGAUUUGCUGAAGAAGAAAAACGGAAAUAUGCUGAAGAAAAUUGGUGUCUUGUGGAAGAAGCAACCGAAAUAGAAACCAUCAUGAGGUCGUGGGUUAAUCAUGUCCGUCAUGCAUCUUUCCUUCUUGGUACCCUAAAAACCAGAUCUCAUUUCUGAGCAGAUUAUGAAGAGUUCGGAGUCAAGUCAUUUUGUUAUCAGCUCAAGUUUGGCACGAUUUCGAAGAUCUUGAUGUUAGCUCUGGUAGUAGGAACAGGUAACCGAUGCUUAAUUCUCUCUUUCUUUGCGUAUAUUCCAUGAAGAUUGUCUUAGGAAAUAUCCGGAUCGACGAGGAUGUUAGGUUUUUCAGAUGCAGGCCUUAUAUAUAUAUAUUCCUGGAAGUAUAGAGAAUAUUAGUGUAUGAAUGAAUACUGGAUGAUGAAACUAUACACUCUUGACAAGUUAUUGUUCAGUAAUUGAUUAUGGAUUGUACCUA